CGGCAGUGUUGCCCUUGUGGCCGGUGUUCUUGCAUCUUGUCUCUACACAUUAUCUCUCAGUGGCUCUCCUGCACCUCCAGCCACCUCCCAAGUGCCACUUGGACCCCACAUGAUAAGACCAUUUGCGACUCUUGUGUUAUAGACUAACACCACAUACAAGCAGGGUUGCCAGCAGCACAUGUUAAGGCACUCCUGGGAGAAAUGCUUCCAAACUGGACUUUGAAACAUGAACUUGCCAAGUACUGCCCAGCUACGACCGGCCAUGUUUGCUAGGACUCGCGAGAAUGGUGGAGGACAGAGAGGAGCUCAAAGAAGUAGUGAUAUGACAUUGAGAAUGGAGAAGCUGGCGAUGCGAGUGAGGACAGGCGUGGAGGGUGCAGGACUGAGGCGUGCAGGCUGGAGGGUGUGGGUGGCAGGUCUGGCCAUCUACUGCAGUCUGGCCAUCCUUCUCGACCCCGACCAACCCAUCGUCAGCGAUGAUGACUCCAUCACUUUACAAGACUGGGUCACACAGAACGAGGCAGCGUUGAGAGAGGAGUACCAGGAGAGGGGAGAGGUGGCCCACAGUGUGUGUGAGACGUACGACGUCUACAUGGGCCAGGACGAGUACAUCCGCCGCUCUGACCAACAACAGGAGAAGCUUCAGUACUCAGACUGGUUUACUCUCAAGAGGGUGAACUGGAACUACAUGUAUUAUGUACCCAACGAGGACUUCGUGUACUGCAAGGUGCCCAAGAGCGGCUCCUCCACCUGGGUCUACAACCUCCUCAAGCUGGCCAACGCCCCGGACGACCAGCUCAGCUCUGACAUCGGCCUCCACCGUCUCCUGAGAGACUAUUAUCCCAAGAUGUCCAGCAGCAAGAUGAAGCGGGCCUUCAAGAAGAGCUUCAAGCUGCUGGUGGUUCGUCAUCCCUUCGAGCGGAUCCUCUCGGCCUACAGGGACAAGCUGGAGAAUUAUCAGCGAGAUCUGAUGUUCAGGGACGGCUACUACCACACCAUGUACGGCAAGAGCAUCGUCAGGGUCUACAGGAGUGAAGCAGACCGCUCCCUUGCUAACCGGACCGAGCCAACCUGGAGGGAGUUCGUCAGGUACCUCAUCAACUCGCCCUCUUCUAAGUUCGACGAGCACUGGAAGCCCAUCUACUCGCUGUGCUCUCCCUGCGUCGUCAAGUACAAUGUAAUCGCCAAGAUGGAGACCUUCAGCGAGGACACCCAAUACGUCAUCAAUCAGCUGGGACUGGAGGACCGCCUCCACGUGGAGUGGAUACACAGAACAGCUGACACCAGAACAUCUGACAUAGCCAUCACCUAUUUCUCACAGCUCACUCUCAACCAGAUUGAUCAGCUGUACGCCAAGUACCGGCUUGACUUCGAGUUGUUCGGGUACGACUCCGAGGCGUACCGCGAGAUGGCGUCCGACUGACCUGUUGCUGCAAGCGGCGGGGACGCCUCCGGCACCCACACAACACGCCCACGUCCAGGGGUGUGGACGCCCACGUCCAGGGGUGUGGACGCCCCCGUCCAGGGGUGGGGACGCCCACGGACCACUUACCUUAGGGAGGCUACACUCACACCUGGGGAAAAGAUAUCGUGGUUCAGACUCAAAGAGCACAUUAUUAUUAUUAUUACUAUUACUAUUAUUAUUAUUAUUAUUGAGGUUAGAGGCAUUAUAGAGUUGUGUUGUUGUUGUUGUGUGCGAGAGGAUGAGAGUUGUUAUUUAUCAUUGAGGUUCCGUGUAUUAUAAGAGUGUGAGGUGAGCCCUUAACAAGGGUUGCAGCUCUAUCAAUAAAAUUCUCCGUGUC